AUGAGUCCCUUCACGUCCUUGCCGCCUGCAGCUCAGGACAACAACACCAACAACAACCAAACCGACGACGUCGUCCAGCGCCUCAAAGCCAUGAAGACGUCUGCAACCACCGCCUCAGGACCGACGCCUGUCCGAACCCCAAGCAAGACACUUGCUUCCCUACCAGAGCCUACAAUAGCGGCUGCAACAUUCCCAGCCAAGCGCGCAGAGAGUAUUCCAGAAGACACGGACAGCAUGAGUGACACCAGCGUCCUCUCCCGCCAGCUGAGCAACACCUCCGACGACAGCAUCUCCUCGCGGCGACCGACCACGCCGCGCUCGCAAACGGACCCUACCUUGGACAUCUCGUCGUACCGACCACCACCUCGCAACCGCUCGCCCUACUCCCGCACGCACCUGCGCUCCCACAGCAGCUCGGCCUCGCUCAGUGCACCACCCAUGACCCGAGCCCACUCGCUGCCGACAGUCAUGCAUGGACAGCUCUCCCUCUCGCCAACCCCGCAGCCGCUCGCCAGUCCUUCCUCGCCCAUGCGGUCACCACAGCGGACCCGCAGCCCACGCGGUCCAGAGCCCAGGCCCUUAAAUGUAGGACCACGCAGCUCUGGCAUUCGCCCAGCCUCGCUCGGGUCGUUCGAGGGCUCACCAAGCGUGUGCGACAUUUCCGAGGACGCCGAGUUGGAGCUCACCCCCCGCGCCGGCACCAGCGUGUCGACCCUGUACAGCAGCACCGGCUCUCUGUCGCGCCGACGACGACCAGCAUCGCCUCUCCACCAGGUCUACGUACCAUUUGGCGCUUCAGCCACCAGCACGCCGUCUGUCAGCACGCCGACAUCUGCUGCAUCCUCGCCUCUCCUCGCUCCUGCCAAGUUCACCAACGAGCACUAUCCCUCCUCGCUUGCCUCGUCCUCCGUGCCAUCCACCCCGACCUCGAUGCGCUCCCGCAGCCCCUCCAUCUCAUCGCUCGAGACCAUCGAAGACAGCCCCGACGCAGAAGAGGAAGCUAUCGAGGCAGACCGCAUCGCCAAGCUGAAGGCCGCUGCUGACCGUGAAGACGGCGGCGACAUGAGGCGCUCUAGCCUCGAUAUUCCUGACCGCGGCCGCACCUUUGGCUUCGGCAAGAGGGACUCGCGAAAGCGUUGGAGUGUCUGCGGAGCCGAGAGGCGCGGCGACCUGGACCUUGAGACCAUCUGGGAAGAUUGA